AUGCGCGGCUCACGUCACACCCGGGAAGCUGAAGACAACACCCAGCAAGAGACGGUGUCGUCAGCGGGGGUCCUGGGCGCCCACCUGCUGUGCUCGCGGGUGCCCGGCCUCACGCCCCGCCAGAGCCGCAUCUGUACGCGUGCCAUGGUGGCCAUCAGUGAAGGUGCGAGGGCGGGCCUGCGAGAGCGCCAGCGGCAGUUCCAGCAUCAUCGGUGGAACUGUUCCCUGGCGUCUACCAGCAGCAGCGCGUUCGGCCACAUCGUUCUUGUGGGGAGCCGCGAGGCCGCCUACACGUACGCGGUGACCAGCGCGGGAGUCACCCACAGCGUCACGACCGCCUGCUCCCGUGGCAACAUCUCCACCUUUGGCUGUGACGACCGCAGGCGAGGGCGGUACAGUUCUUCCGGGUGGAAAUGGGGCUGCAGCGCCGACAUUAGGUUCGGGGUCAGGUUCGCGAGGAAGUUCCUGGACGCCCGCGAGGUGGAGGGGGACGGCCGCGCCCUCAUGAACCUGCACAACAACCGGGCGGGACGCAGGGCGGUGCGGAGCGGGAUGAGGACGGAGUGCAAGUGCCACGGCGUGUCGGGCUCCUGCACCGUCAAGACCUGCUGGAAGACCCUCCCGCCCUUCACCUUCAUCGGGAAGCACCUCUUCCACAAGUACAGGAAGGCCAAGUCCGUCUCGGUGCAUAAGGUAUUCUCCACCCCCUUCCCCUUCCAUUCACCUCCUCUCCCUCUUCAUCUUCUCUUCAUCCUCUUCUUCUUAUCAUUAUCCUCCUCCUCCUCCUCGCAGUCCAAUGAGUCAUAG